AUCGCUCGGAACGAGGUUAGGGCUUCACACGUGUGUUUGUUGGAGUUCCAGAAAACAGGUCGGAAGGUGUUCCUUCUUUGUGUAUCAAUAACUUAAUUGAUUUCUGAUCACCGUAAUAUCGUUCCGGUGGGUUUGAGUUCGGUGUCGCGAGACGGACCGCCAUGACGUCAUUGGCCCACCAGCUGAGGAGGCUCGCGCUGCCUCAGAGCGACCCCAACCUGCUGACCCGCAGCGAGGUGGCCUCGCUCCUCUUCGACCCCAAAGAUGCCGUUUCCAUGGACAGGAGCACCUUCUACGCCCUCGGCUGCACGGGGCUGGAGGAGCUGAUGGGAAUCGAACCCGCCUUCCUGGAGUUCCAGGACACCCUGUUCAGCCGGGCCUCGCUGACCCUGGAGCGCAGCGUCCAGUCCAAGGAGGUCAACGAGAAGCUGGACGCCGGCAUCUCGCUCUUCCUCGCCCGCCUCUCGCCGUACUUCCUCCUGAAGCCGGCGCACAAGUGCCUCGAGUGGCUGGUCCACCGCUUCCACGUGCAGCUCUACAACGCCGACGCUCUGCUGCGCUGCUCGCUGCCGUUCCACGACACCAACGUGUUCGUCAGAGUGCUGCAGCUGCUGCACAUCAGGGACGCCGCCGCCCGCUGGGGCUGGCUGCUCGGCCCGCAGAAAGCCGGCGUGCCGCUCUCCAGAGGCGCUCUUGUCGCUCACUGCUACUCAGACCUGAGCUUCAUGGACUUCAUCUGCUCGCUGGUCACCGGCUCUGUGCAGGCGUACUCUGGGCGCUCUGGAAGUUGCUCCCAGCUCAGAGUGAUCUUCUCCUUCUACGCCUCCACCAUCGUCUCUGCUCUGGGCGCUGUGGAGAAAGUGUCCGACGCCAUCAUCUCCAAACUGCUGCCCUUUGUUCAUAAGGGUCUGAAGUCGUCUCUGACGGACUACAAAGCCGCCACCUUGAUGAUCGUGUGCCAGCUGGCGGUGAAGGUGACGAUGGAGGCGAGUCUGGUCGAUAUCCUCGCCGCACACGUCGCCAAGUCUCUGCUCGGGGAACCCGUGUUGGCCAAGGAGGGUCUGGGCUGCCUCGUGGUGCUGCUUCAGAACCAGAAGGAGGGCUCCGCCGGGCCCAGGGCGUCCGUGUCUCUGAGCUCCGUGCCGGCGCUCGCCUCCACGCUGCAGGCGAUGGCGGCGGCUCACGAUGUCGCUCCUCUGCUGCGCUACCUGCUGCCGCACCUGAUCCACGCCGCCUUCACCUGCCGCUCAGGUGAGACGCAGAAGGACCAGCUCGCCGUGUUGGAGGCGGUCCUGAAGUCCGUCCCUCUGACCAACGGCCUGGACCGCACCGUGGCUCGGUGGAUUUUGGACGGGUACCUGCGUCAGACCGAACUCUCUGCUGACGACUCGUCGGCCUUCGACCGCCGCCUCCUUCCUCUGGUCCGACUGUUCGAGUCCAGAUACUGCGCCGCUCUGGACGGCGUGCUCGCCGGUCACGUGACCGCCGACGGCGAGAAGCGUCUCUACCACCAGUUCCUCAGUCUGUCCGUGAGCAGUGGGAAACACCAGAUGCUGGGCGACUCAGACACGUCGCUGCUCCUCAGUCUGAAGCACCCGCAACCUUCAGUCAGAGUGUCGGCCCUGGAGCACCUGGUGGGCGUCAUCGCCUCGGCACAGCAGAGUUUAGACAAAACGUUUCUGAAAGACGCUGUCAUGGAGCGACUGAAGGACGACGUGCCCGAGGUCGUGUCCGCUGCUCUCAAAGUCCUGGAGGUGCUGCUUGACGUGUUGGACCCUGACGACGUUGUGUUGUCUUUACUGUCGCUGCUGCACAGAGCCGACCUGUCGGUGGCCGAGAGCUGGCUGCCGGUACUGACGGAGGCGGUGCGUUUACUGUCCGACCCCCGGCUGGGAAAAGGGGACGCCGAGCUGCUGCAGAAGGCGGGCUGGAGGCUGCUGCCCCUCCUGGUGAUCACCUCCUCCGCCGAGCUCCGCUUCGCCUCCUGCGUCGCCCGCUGCUCCGUCGUCUGCCGGCACCCGCUCACCCAGAACUGGGCUCAAGAGCUGGAAGAGGUGAUGAAGAGGAGCAGCGAACCCGACUUCCUGGGUUUGGCCAACGAGCGGCUCGUCUCCACGUUGACCAAGAACCUGACGAGCAUGGAGCUCUUCUCCAGGCGGGACGCCCUGGAGCAGCUGGCUCUGUCGGUGGAGCGGCAGCGGGGCCCCGGGCUCCGAGCCAGGGCCUCCUUCCCGGUGCUGACCCAGACGCUGCUGCUGGGCCUGGGGGGGCUCAGCGAGACCCAGCACCUGCUCACCGCCCAGCGCGUCUACGCGCUGCUGGAGGCGCCGCUGAUGGAGGUCAUCGGGGCCGCCGCCGCGCAGGAAGAUGGCCGCUGUGUCUCCGACGCCCCCUCCUCCUUCUCUGGAGCCCUGACUCUGUACCUGAGCAGGUGUGGGCAGCAGCCAGGUGAGCGGCUGGACAGAGAGUUCAGCUUCGUCCUGAUCGCUCUGCUCAGAGACUUCAUCUGCUCCCUCAGGUGUCACGACGCCUCCUUCAAAGGUGACGUGUGGUGGAACCCGGAGAAGCUGGACACAAACACCUGUUGUUAUCUGGGGCUCACCUGCCGCCUCUUCAGUGUCAUCAUCAGAGGCGCCGGCGAGGGUCCGGCUUCUGGUAGCUUCAGAGACUUAAUGAAGCUGCUCAUCAAGGUUCACCUGUGCGAGCCGCCGAUGCUCUUCCGCUUCCUGUGCGUGCUGUGGGGCUAUGGCAGUAACCACGGCGACCAGCUGGACGUGAAGGUGGGCGCCGUCCUGCAGACCCGGGCGCUGUAUGUGGGCGGAGCUGUCCUGAGCGCCCAGCCGUCCACCAUGCUGGAGCAGCUGGCUGCCGCCGACUCACCUGUGGUCCCGUCCUUGCUCUGCUGUCUCACCUCUCCGGUUCGGGAGGUCCGGAGGGCGGCGCUCGGCACUCUGAGCAGCCUAUCGGGAGCCGGCGCGUCUCCCUUCAGGCCAAUCACAGAGAGGCUUCUGAAGAACUCGGAGGAGAUCAUCGCCGACCCGUCGUACCUGAGCCAGGCUCUCGGCGUGCUGCAGGAGGAGUCUGUGAAAGCGAAGCGGCUGCGGUCGUCUCUCCAGCAGCUGCUUCAGAGCGCCGGGACUCCCGGCUGCCCGUCCUACAGCGCCUGCAGCCUGCUGCGAGCGCUGAGCCACGCCAACGGGCCGGCCGUCCUGUCCGAGCUGCUUCCGGUUCUGGAUCGGCUCCUGGAGCAGAGCGGCCCCGACACCCCCAGCCUGCUGCGGUCCGAGGCCCAGCUGAUGCACCUCGUCCUGGGGAAGUACAACGAGGCGUCGGCGCCCCUGCUGGCCGAGAACCAGAACUGUUUGGACCUGUUUGUCAGAGCUCUGAGGAACUCAACCCAGCCGCACCCCGACAUCCCCAGCUGCCAGAUCAUCGCCCUGGAACAGAUGACGAAGCCGUUCUUCUCGGCCCUCGGAGGAGAGGCGGUGCAGCAGAAGCUUCUGUCGGCCAUGUUGGACGUGCUGCUGGAGAGCCGGAGUCCUCUGGUGACCGACACCGUGCGCAGCGUCUUUAAAGGGAUGGCGGUUGACGGCCAGCUGGUGGCCAAUGAGCUCGCUCCACCUGAGAAACCCAAAGUGAGCGUGACGGUGCAGCAGAGCCGCCGGAGCCGGAUGAGUCAGAGGAAGCCCGUGGAGGCCGGCGAUGGCGGUCCAGCAGGGGGCGCUGUGUCGUGGCAGAGAGUCACGCUGAUCCUGGAGCUGCUGCAGCACAAGAAGAAGCUGAAGAGGGCCCAGACGUUGGUGCCGGUUCUGUUCGCUCUGCUCGCCAGCAGACGUGGUGACAGUGAGGCUAACGCUAACCGUGCCCCGUGCUCCAGGAGUCUGGAUCCGUGUCCGGCCGAUCACACCAACAUGGAGUACACCAAGCAGCUGCUGCUCGGCUGCCUGCUCAACGUGUGCCACCGGCUGAGUCCUGCAGGGGGCGCUGUGGGUCCCGACCUUCUGGAUGAAGACAAGUUCAGCGUGGAGCUCGUGGUCCAGUGCAUCCGAGCAUCCGACGUGCCGCAGACGCACCACCACGCCCUGCUGCUGCUCGGCGCCGCCGCCGCCAUCUUCCCCGAGAAGGUGUUGCUCAACAUCAUGCCCAUCUUCACCUUCAUGGGAGCCAACAUCAUGCGACUGGACGACGCCUACAGCUUCAGAGUCAUCGACCAGACGGUGCAGAUGGUGAUUCCUGCUCUGAUCCAGGUGAGAGAGACGGGGACCUCCACCGGGUGGAGACGGGGACCUCCACCGGGUGGAGACGGGGACCUCCACCGGGUGGAGACGGGGUACCUCCUGGAGACGGGGUACCUCCACCGGGUGGAGACGGGGUACCUCCUGGAGACGGGGUACCUCCACCGGGUGGAGACGGGGUACCUCCUGGAGACGGGGACCUCCACCGGGUGGAGACGGGGUACCUCCUGGAGACGGGGACCUCCACCGGGUGGAGACGGGGUACCUCCUGGAGACGGGGACCUCCACCGGGUGGAGACGGGGACCUCCACCGGGUGGAGACGGGGUACCUCCACCGGGUGGAGACGGGGUACCUCCUGGAGACGGGGACCUCCACCGGGUGGAGACGGGGACCUCCACCGGGUGGAGACGGGGUACCUCCUGGAGACGGGGACCUCCACCGGGUGGAGACGGGGUACCUCCUGGAGACGGGGACCUCCACCGGGUGGAGACGGGGACCUCCACCAGCUGGAGACGGGUCCAUCACCUUCUCCUCUUUCUCCUCCUCCUCCUCAGGCCCACCAGCUCUCUGACGGCACCUCCUCCUCUCACGUGGUCGCGGUGGUCACUCGGAUCCUUCACGUGUUCGCCGACGCUCUUCCUCACGUGCCGGAUCACCGGCGGCUGCCCAUCCUCAGUCAGCUGGUGACCACGCUGGGCCCCGCCCGCUUCCUCUGGGUCCUAAUGCUCCUCCUGUUUAAGCUGCACGCCACGCAGACCGCCACCUCCACGAGCGAGAAGGACGCCGCUCUGGAGAGAGACGUGGACUUCUGGGUCUCUCUCUGCUGCGAGUUCAAGGUGAGCGAGCAGCUCUCCUCCCUCAUCAGCAUCCUCCUCUUCCUCCUGAAGCUGCCCGACGACAAGCACGACGCUCCGGUGACGCGUCGGCCGGAACCCAAGAAGGAGGUGGAGGAGGAGGUGGAGGAGCUGAUCUUCAGCCUGGAGGCUCACAGCAGCAAAGAGCUGAGGCACUUCCAGUUCCUCUCCGUGUCCUUCAUGGCUCAGCUGCUCGGCUCGGCCGGCUUCAUCGGGAAGGUGGCGGACGGAGCCGACGCCGUGGACGAGUCUCUGCAGCAGAGGCUGCUGGAGGAGAUCCUGCGCUACAUCCACGCCGUCGCUCGCCGCGCGGAGGACAACGCCGACAAACCCACCGCCAAGUUCUGGAGGGUUCUGCUCAACAAGGCCUACGAAGUCCUGGAUAAGGUGAACUCCUUGUUGCCCACGGAUACCUUCAUCACGGUGAUGAGGGGGCUGAUGGGUAAUGAGCUGGCGUCCGUCAGAAGGAAGGCGAUGGAGCUGCUGAACAACAAACUGCAGCACCGGACUCAGUGGGAGGACCGACAGGUCACUGUGCUCCUACAGCUGACCGGCGACCUCCUGAGCAUUGUGGGUAAAAGCAGUGGCGAGGUGAUGGAGCGGGAGGCGGAGCACGCCAUCAACCGUCAGACGGCGCUCUACAGCCUCAAGCUGCUCUGUCGCAGCUUUGGCUCCGCCCACCAGGAGGCAUUCGUCCCCGUCCUGCAGCGGGCGGUCGACAUCGCCGCGGCGCCGGAGGAGGAGAAGAACGUGACGGGCAGCGCUCUGCUCUGCAUCGCCGAGGUGGUCGGCGCGCUGAAGGCCCUCGCCAUCCCACACUUACCCAGGUUGAUGCCGGCGGUGCUGAACACGCUGACGGACAGGAAGGAGCUGCUGACCAAUGAGAUCUACCUGCUGAGCGCCGUCACCGCCCUCCAGCGCGUCACCGAGACGCUGCCUCACUUCAUCAGCCCGUACCUGCAGGACACCACCUCACAGGUGUGUCGGCUGACUCGGCUGCUGGAGUCUUCCUCGUCCUCUUCCUCGGCCGCCACUCAGCUGUCCACGCGCCUCGCCUCCCUCAGGAGCACCCUCGCCACCCGGCUGCCCCCCAGGGUCCUACUGCCCACCGUCACCAGGUGCUACGGCAGCAUGGUGGUCGACAGAAAGCGCCAGCUGGGGGCGCUGAUGAGCAUCUUGAAGGAACACAUCACUCACAUGGAGAAGGACCAGCUGAGCUUCCACCAAUCAGAGCUCACAUCCUUCUUCCUCUGCGCCCUGGACUUCAGAGCCGAACACUGUCAGGGCGAUCUGCAGAAGACGUCAGAGGUCGAAGGUCAUGUGAUCGACUGUCUGCUCUCGAUGGUGAUGAAGCUGUCGGAGGUCACGUUCAGGCCGCUGUUCUUCAAGCUGCUGGACUGGAGUAAACUCGGCCGUGAGCGCCUGCUGACGUUCUGCCGGCUGUCGGACGUCUUCGCCGACAGACUCAAAGGCCUCUUCGUGCUGUUCGCCGGCAAUCUGGUGACCGGCUUCGUAGACCUGCUGAGGCAGACCAACGGCUCCAAGACAGAUGAGUCUCUGUUCGACUCCAAGGUGAAAACCAAUCAGCUGCUCCGGUUCGUCCUCGACUGUCUCUUUAAGAUCUUCAUGUUCGACACUCAGAAGUUCGUCAGCAGAGAACGAGGCGACGCCCUGAUGAGCCCUCUGGUGGACCAGCUGGAGAACACCGUGGGAGGAGACCAGGUGUACCAGCAGCUGGUGACCCAGCACCUGGUUCCCUGUGUGGGUCAGUUCUCUGUGGCGCUGGCUGACGAGUCUCAGUGGAAAACCCUCAACUACCAGAUCCUCCUGAAGACCAGACAUCCCGACUCCAAGGUGCGUUUCUCCUCUCUGUUGAUGUUGAUGGAGUUGGCGUCCAAACUGAAGGAGAACUACAUGGUUCUUCUCCCAGAGACCAUCCCCUUCCUGGCUGAGCUGAUGGAGGAUGACUGUGAGGAGGUGGAGCAGCAGGUCCAGAAGGUGGUGCAGGAGAUGGAGAAGAUCCUGGGAGAACCGCUUCAGAGCUAUUUCUAACACACACACUUAUGUACACACACACAUGCUCACACAUUUGUGUACACUCACACACUGAUCAGAUAAAGUUGAUACACGAGUUUUAACAUUGAGACAUUUUUUCUGAACUUUGUACUUUUUUUCCUCGUAUAUAAAAA